UUGUCCCGUGGAGUUGGCUUCAUUCGAUUCGACCAGCGCAUUGAAGCUGAGCAGGCCAUCAAGGAGUUGAAUGGCGUCGUUCCUUCCGGAGCCUCUGACCCGAUUACCGUGAAGAUGGCCAACUCACCCUCGGCCGCGGCCUCUUUGGUCGGAUCUGCCGGUUCCGGCCAGCCCGGCGUUCUUGGCCUCAGUAUGACGACGCCUGCUGUCUCCGGCAUCUGUCUAGGCGGCAGCCUCUCUGGAGCCAACAGUUGCCCGAUGGUCAGCGGAGUCGGCGCCAACACCAACAAUGCCGGAGUCUGCGGCUUGGCUGGCUGUCUGGUGGGUCCGGCGGCGGCAGCUGCAGCCGCAGCCGCAGUCGCCGCCGCCGCGCUUGGCGUCAGCCGACUGCCAGGCAACCAGACUUCUGGUCCAGCGUCAAGGGCCGCAUCCGUUCCCGGCUGUCUGGCUGGAGGCCCUUCAAGCCAACAGACCGGAGCAUUCCUGCUUCCCGCCGCCGCCGCCGCCGCCUUGGCGGCAGCCGCAGCUGCCGCCAACUCAGCUGGAGCCUCUGCGACCACUGGCCCGCACGGCAACGGAAACGCCGAUGGGGUCGGUGGUAGUGGUCUUAUGCCCAGCGGUACUUCCACCGGAGUCAGCAGUCCUGGCAUCAGUCUUCUGCCGACCCAUGGGCCUGGUGGGCCGGCAGGGGGGACAAUUAAUGGUCCCUGUUCCCCUGUUGCCAAUGCUUCUAUCAGUGGUCGUGACAACAAGGCGAUGCAAGACAGUGCUGCUGUCCUGACGAUGGCACUGCUACAUCAGGCAGGUUGCGGCCCUGCUGAGGGCUCUUGA